UCCGAUUGCGCACCUCCCCCUCAGUACUCUUUGACCCUCAAGCCGCGAUCUGCCAGACCAGAUCCAGACUUUCCAACUCUUGAAUCAUUCAUUGACUGAAGUUAGUUACUUGGCUUAGGCUCUCACCCGCAUCUUCCCUCUCCAACCCCGUCGGUCUGAUAUGGGAUCGGUCCUCGUCAAUCAUCCGCGGUCGGAUUGUAUGGAUACCUCCUACACCAUGUUGGGAGGCGCCAUCACUUCCUCGGAAUCUGUUUAUCGAACAUCGUCUCAUCCAGCCUCUCAACACCCUUCGUCACACCUGGAGACGGGCAGCUCUAGGUCCGCCUCUUCCAAUAGCACCCCCACCUCAUCCACAGCCCCGCCGUCAACCUCCGCCGCCGGCUCUGGUCGCCUUCCCUCCCACCCAACCCAUGAUGUACCGGCCUACAUCAACCGGCCCUCUCACUCCCAUCCCAGCUCACAACCUUCCACACGAGCCUCCUCAGCCACUCCGGGAUCUGCCCAUACUCACCCUCCAUCAGCCUCAAUGACCUCGACCACUAACCAUCUAUCGCGCCCGGACUCUGCCUCUCAUCCUGCCGCGCAUCCAUCCCAUCACGCCGGUGGCGCCAACCAUGCAACCGCCGCGGCGCCUACCUCGGCGCCACACACGGGGAGUCAGUCAUCCCCAGCUUCACCUCAACUCAGGCCAACCUUUCAGUCCCUCCGUUCGCUCGGCGGUUCAGAGGCCAGCUCCCCUAGUCGGAUCAAGGUCCGUGAUCUGUCACAUAUCCAAAGCUUUGCUAGUGAAGAGUUCCUAGCGCAGAGGGAUCGGACACCGGGACAGUGGAAUCAGGAGCGCCAGUACGAGAUUAGUUCCAUGCCGGUCACGGACAUAAUCGAGAUGGUUGCUGGGCUCCUGAUGAAAAUCACAAGCACCAAUGACCUGCAUCACGAGUCCGCUCAUCGACAUAUUCCUCCCCCCGAUGGCAGCACCACUCUUAGCCCCCAAGCCACAAGUGUGCUUGCAUUCCAUGGCAAGAACGUGCCCAGCAUUAGCAUCCUCAGCUAUUUGACGAGGAUCCAUAAGUAUUGUCCUACCACUUACGAGGUCUUCCUCAGUCUGCUGGUAUACUUUGAUCGUAUGACGGAACUGGUCAAUAAGGGCCAGCUUGACCGAUUACGGCGUCGCUGCGACCACGUGCAGGAUGGUUCGCGACCAGCAUCUUUGGAGCGGUCGAGUACACAUCCGACACAAGCGUCGCCCAUGGUAACCCCUCCAUCCUCGGCUGGAAUUGCUGCACAAGACCCGUCCACCCCGUCGUCUAUAUCGCCCUCUCUGCAACCACAAGAAGAAGAGGAUCAGUUCUCGCACUUUUUCAUUGUCGAUAGUUUCAACAUCCACCGGCUAGUUAUCGCAGGCGUAACAUGUGCCAGUAAAUUCUUCUCGGACGUUUUUUACACUAAUUCUCGCUAUGCAAAGGUUGGCGGACUUCCGCUAGUUGAACUCAACCACCUUGAACUUCAAUUUCUACUGUUAAAUGACUUUCGACUGUCGAUCGCUGUUGAAGAGCUAGAAGCAUACGGUACCAUGCUUGUGGAGUUCUAUGCUCGGGAAGUUGUCGCCCAACAACAACAGCAACUAUCUCAACCAGCGAUCCCCCGGUCAAUAGACCCCACGGACAACCAAUCCGAGGGGAUGUACAUGCGCACGCGCGAUAAGCCACGGACAGAUCAGCCGGAAAUUCGCCAAACCCCGACUCCACCCUAGCCAGUCCAUCUGCUCCGGCCAUGGUCCAUUUUCUGCUGGUCUCUUGGUUUGCGUGGGUAUCGUAUCUGUUGAUUCUUCUCGUUGGCGCCGCAUGUCUUUGGUACAUAUGUGUUAGCCCUG